CAGCUCUCCCGUUCCCGCCCUCCCGGACCCGAUCCCGCAGCCGCUCCCGAGCCCUCACACCGCGGGUGCUCUCGCAGCAGCGCGGACCGGCGGCCCUGAGCGCGGCGGGGCGGGCGGCCCCGCUCCCCGCUCCGCCAUGAGCUGCUCGGCGGACGCCGUGAAGGAGAAGCUGCUGUGGAACGUGAAGAAGGAGGUAAAGCAGAUCAUGGAAGAAGCAGUCACCAGGAAAUUUGUACAUGAAGACAGCAGUCACAUCAUCGCCUUAUGUGGUGUUGUGGAAGGCUGUCUCCUGCACAUGCUGAAGCGCAGGGCUGCCGGGUUCCUGCGCACCGACAAGGUGGCCGCGCUCUUCACCAAGGUGGGCAAGACAUACACCAUAGCUGGGGAUGUCUGCAAGAAAGUCCAGGAGCUGCAGCAGCAGCUGGAAAGCAGGAAAAAUCAGCCCAAUGGGCAGGAGCCCCUCAAGAGACAGGGAUCAGCCACAAGCAAACCCCCUGUCCUGACACCACAGGCCAUCAAACACAUCUGGGUUCGGACAGCCUUGAUUGAGAAGGUGCUGGACAAGAUUGUGCAGUAUAUUGUGGAUAACUGCAGUAAAUAUUAUGAAAAAGAAGCUUUAAUGGCAGAUCCUGUUUGUGGCCCUAUACUGGCUUCUCUCCUAGUUGGACCAUGUGCACUGGAGUACACCAAGCUUAAGACAGCUGACCACUACUGGACAGACCCUUCAGCAGAUGAGCUGGUGCAGCGACACCGGAUCCACGGAGCACACGGCCGCCAGGACUCUCCUUCCAAGCGCCCAGCCCUGGGAAUCCGGAAGCGGCACUCGAGCGGGAGCGCGGCUGAGGAUCGCUUUGCUGCCUCGGCACGGGAGUACGUGGAGUCCCUGCACCAGAACUCCCAAACACACCUCCUCUAUGGCAAGAACAACGUCCUAGUCCAGCCAAAAGAUGACUUGGAGGCAAUUCCUGGCUAUCUCUCCCUUCAUCAGUCAGCAGAUAGUUUGACACUGAAAUGGACUCCAAAUCAGCUGAUGAAUGGAACCCUAGGAGAUUCGGAGCUGGAGAAAAGUGUUUACUGGGACUACGCAUUAAUAGUGCCACUCAGCCAGAUCGUCUGCAUUCACUGCCAUCAGCAACAAGGCAGAUGGACAUUAGUUUUGGUGAGUCAGGAUGGAACUCAGAGACCUCCGCUGCACUUCCCCCAAGGAGGUCACCUCCUCGCAUUCCUCUCCUGUCUGGAAAAUGGUCUUCUGCCUCGUGGCCAGCUGGAACCACCACUGUGGUCCCAACAGGGCAAGGGCAAGGUAUUUCCAAAGCUUCGAAAACGGAACAGCAACAAAUCAGUGGACCUAGAGGAAAUGCCAGCUGACACCUCUACAGACUAUGUGUUCAGAAUUAUUUAUCCAGGACACAAGCAUGAUAACAUAACUAUUAACUACCACCACUUAGCUGCCAGCCGCUCUGCCUCUGUUGAUGAUGAUGAGGAGGAGGAAGAUAAGCUCCACGCAAUGCUAUCAAUGAUCUGCUCUCGGAACCUCACAGCUCCUAAUAGGAUGAAAGACACCAGUGACAUGAUUGAGAUGCAAGGCUUUGGGGCCAACCUGCUGUCGUGGCAGCUGGAGCACUGCAGCCAAGGCUCCUCCUGUGUCUCCUGCUCCUCAGGCAGCUCUCCCUACGACAUUCCCAGCUGCUGCAACUGCAUCCAUGAUAGAACUCCCUUGAAGAUGCUAUGUGAAAGUAUGAAGAGGCAAAUAGUUUCCAGAGCCUUUUAUGGAUGGCUCGCCUACUGCCGCCACUUGUCAACCGUGCGAACCCAUCUGUCUGCCCUGGUGAACCACACCAUCAUCCCACCCGACAGACCAUCCAGUGCUGAUGGAGGCCUGACUAAAGAGGUCUGGAGCAAGUAUCAGAAGGACAAGAAGAAUUACAAGGAACUGGAAUUACUGAGAAGAGUUUACUAUGGUGGGGUACAGCAUGAGAUUCGGAAGGAGGUGUGGCCAUUCCUCCUGGGUCACUAUAAAUUCGGCAUGGCCAAAAAGGAAAUGGACCAGGUGGAUGAAGACAUUGCUCUCCGGUAUCAGAAGGUCAUGGCUGAGUGGAAAGCCUGUGAGGUCAUUGUAAAGCAGCGAGAGAAGGAAUCACACUCUGCCACCCUGGCAAAGUUCUCCUCGGGCAGCAGCAUCGACAGCCACGUCCAGAGACUGAUUCACAGGGACUCCACCAUCAGCAAUGAUGUCUUUAUAUCCGUAGAUGAAGCAGACUCAGGGGAGCAGGACUCCAAAGGUCAGGAUGACCCCACUUUGACCGUGGUGUCUGCUGAGACACCAGCAGCUGCUGUGGAGUUUGACUCCCCUGACUCGGGGCUGCCCUCCUCGAGGAAUUACUCGGUGGCCUCUGGAAUCCUCUCCAGCAGCGACGGGCAGAGCGUCUCCUUCGAGGAUGGGGCUGAAGAAGAAACCAGCACUGACUUGGGCAGGACUGAUCCAGACACAGCACGUGUGCAGAAAGCCAAGCUGGUGGCACUGCAGUCUCAGGAUUCUGCCUCAGAAGAGCAGCUGUGUUCCCAGGUGGAUUAUUUAAUGGAUGUUGCUUCUGUCUGUGCAGCAUCCUACACGAUAGAGUUAUUGGACACUGUUGCCUUAAAUUUGCACAGAAUUGAUAAAGAUGUCCAGAGAUGUGACCGGAAUUACUGGUAUUUUACUGCUGAUAACCUGGAGAAACUCCGAAACGUCAUGUGCAGUUAUGUCUGGGAGCACCUAGAAAUCGGUUAUGUUCAAGGCAUGUGUGACCUCCUGGCUCCUCUGAUGGUUAUACUUGAUAAUGAUCAGCUGGCUUACAGCUGCUUCAGCCACCUGAUGAAGAGGAUGAGCCAGAACUUCCCCAAUGGAGGUGCUAUGGACACCCACUUUGCCAACAUGCGGUCCCUGAUCCAGAUUCUAGACUCAGAGCUUUUUGAAUUGAUGCACCAGAAUGGAGAUUACACUCACUUUUACUUCUGCUAUCGCUGGUUCCUGCUUGACUUUAAAAGAGAAUUGUUGUACGAGGAUGUAUUUACAGUGUGGGAAGUUAUUUGGGCAGCAAAGCACAUCUCUUCAGAACAUUUUGUCCUUUUCAUUGCCUUAGCACUUGUGGAAGUUUAUCGAGAGAUUAUCCGUGAUAACAACAUGGACUUCACUGAUAUCAUCAAGUUUUUUAAUGAAAUGGCAGAGCAUCAUAAUGCUGAGGAAAUUCUGAGAAUAGCAAGAGACCUUGUCUACAAAGUGCAGACACUGAUUGAAAAUAAGUGAUCACGAGCAGACUGUCAUUGUGGCCUUGUUGUGAGCUACGGGAUGGAGCAUUUCUUGCACUGUAACUUCAAAAUGGUGUUUUAAUUGCAUCUUCCAUGUAAUGUAAUAAAUAUCAAAGAGAUUUGUAACAGACUUUUAAAAACAGAACUUUUCCUCCACCAGACAAGGUUUGUGUUUGAUAGUUCUUGUUACACUCACUUUGUAUUUCUAGACAAAAUCUUUUUGCAUUCUCUUACUUCCCUCUUGAGAAGACUGGCUAUCUGUCUAUACAUUUGAAAUACUAAAAAGGGGGCAUUUGACAUACUAGAACAUUUCUAUUUUGACUUACUGCACCUUUAAAGCCUGGAUGCACGUUGUGUGCUUUGCCAGAACCUUCCAUGGAGGCAGGGCUGGAUCAGACACUGGACUGGGUCCUUGGAAGAGCUUGGGCUGUGUCUAUGCCUUGAACAUGGAAGAAAAUGUGUGUGAGCUUCUGUCACUGAAACAUUUGGAUUUGUGUUUAGCAGAGUAUUUAGCAGCAAUUAAAGUAAAUAAGGUUACCAGCUGGGUAAAUGGCCUUAAACUAAACACCAUGGUUAAGUGGAACAGUGAAGAUCUGGCAACAUUAGCUAAGAACAUCAGUUAACCUUUGCUGAGCUUCUGCUGGUGAAACCUUCAUGUCCUGCACGUGCCACAGAGCUGCUUUCAUUUUACUUUGCAAACUUACCCUGCACCUCUUCCCCUGUGCCAAGAUCUGCCCAGAGUAGUUCAGCUCAGCACAGGUUUAGGACACAGAACUGGGUUCCCUAUCGCGUGCUCUCUGCAGAGUGAAGUCCAGAGCAGAGGCAGCAGGGCCCAGCCUCCUCCAGAUGACCCACAGGAGCUGAGCUGCCUCCUCCUGCUCUGCAGAGCUUUCUGGGAGCCUUACCCAGAAUCCUGCAGACACCAUCCAGGUGCUCCAGGUGCUGCUGGGCAGGAAUCAGCAACUUGCCAGGUGAAAUUGUUGCAGGGGACUUCAUUCAUGUUGCUGCAGCAUCGUGCUGGUUUGCAGAGCCAUCCAUAAGGUCUGUGCCACUUCCCUCCUGCUUGCCCAUGUGCUUCAGAAGCAGCAUUUCCCUGUCCUGCAGGGAGGGAAAUUUGAGGGGAGAGUUGAAAAAAGAAAACAAAAACCAAACCUCGAGUCCCCCCACUUUGGUUUGUGUGUCUGUUCACUUCAAAAGAGAAAUAGUAGUAUUUAAAAAAAAUAAAUUAACAAGAAUGAGAAACCCCUGCAACUCACAGAGCCUGAGGAAGUGAUGUAAAGAAAUACACCUGCACUAUUUUUCUUUGGUGUGUUGGGAAUGUACUAUUGAAUGCUGUUGAAAAGAAACAACAAACCUCUGCAAACUUUGCUGUAUUUGUUAUAACAUUCUGUCUAAUUGUAUUUUAUUAAUAUUGUGUAUUGACUUAUUUAUUUUUUGGGGGAGCAGACUAUUCUCUAUUGCACAGUUAUUUAUGUUUAAAUGUAACAUAUAAAUAAAUACUUAUCAUCAAGGCA